UAUUAUAUAUGUACUGUUUGCAUAGUUAAUGUUUGAAGAUAUAAAUAUAACUUACUUGGUGGUAGAAGUUUCACAUAAAGAACAAUGUUGUUUCCUAUUCCAGUUGCUUUAUUAUCGAAUCUCCUCCUUGUCAAAGCAAGCUUCUCCAUAGAUGAUAUUAAGAAAAACUGCAGACCCAACGACUGCUAUGAUAUCCGACGUCAGGGGUUCUUCCAGAGUGGGGUGUACAUAAUCUGGCCUCGGUUCUUUAACCAACCUGUUCAAGUAUUCUGUGAUAUGGUGACCGAAGGAGGAGGAUGGACGGUGAUCCAGAGAAGAGAUGAUAUAGAACCGAGACAAGAUUUCAACCUACCCUGGACAAGCUAUAAAUAUGGUUUUGGGAACGUAACGGGAGAAUUCUGGAUAGGAAAUGAUAUUCUAUUUGCGCUAACAAAUAAAGAAGACACGGUGCUGCGGGUAGACCUUGAAACAUUCGACAGAGAAAAGGCUUAUGCUGAGUAUGGAGGAUUUCUUGUCCGUGGCGAGAGAGAUUUUUACAAAAUGAUGGUUGGUGCUUAUCAUGGAAAUGCAGGAGACUCCUUGUCCUAUCAUAACGACACUUACUUUUCAACCAAAGACAAGUUCCACAACAAGGAAUGUGCUAAAACUCACCAAGCAGCAUGGUGGUUUAAAGAUUGUACCAAGAGUCUUUUGAACGGAAUCUACCAGUCUGAUGGGCGUGUCAAACCAGUUGUCAUUGGGCUGCUACAGGAAUUGAGAUUUCAAAACUUACCCAGCUGUUGAAAAGAAAAUGAAACUACAUUUUUUUUAAUUGGUUCAAGACAACUUAGGUUUCAUAUCAAUUCAGAACAUCAGAGUGCUGUAGUUAUGGAAGAAGUUGAUUAUAAUGUAAGAUUUAAUAUAGUUUUGAAAUAAACACAAUGCCAUGAAAUUAUCUUUUUCUAAUACCAAUAACAAUUUAUGUUCAAGAUUAUUUGAGUUGUUUUUAUAAUCUUGAAGUAAAUUAAUGUUAUUAUCAUUAAUUAUAUUAAUGCUUCCUAUAUGCAACUUAUUUUGAGUUUUUAAAGGCAUUUUCAAGUUUGAAACUACCCUUCAUUUAAUAUAAUGGACAUCUUCAUGUACUGUUCUUGAUUAAGUUAAUUUUUGAAUCCUAAACUGUUGUGCAUGAAAGUAUAUACACAAUGUAAUAAUAAACCUGUAACAAUCUG